AACAUGAAAGCAUUCAUAGCUAUCCUGGCUUUGGCUGUGGCCUCGGCCUCUGGCGCCACCAUGCCCCGUUUGGCCACCGAGAAACUGACCCCGGUCCACACCAAGGACAUGCAGGGUCGCAUCACCAACGGCUAUCCGGCUGAGGAGGGCAAGGCUCCCUACACCGUCGGUCUGGGCUUCAGCGGCGGCUGGUGGUGCGGUGGUUCGAUCAUCGCACACGAUUGGGUGCUCACCGCCGAGCACUGCAUCGGAGAUGCUGACUCCGUAACUGUCUACUUCGGAGCCACCUGGCGCACCAACGCCCAGUUCACCCACUGGGUUGGCAACGGUAACUUUAUCAAGCACUCAUCCGCCGAUAUUGCCCUCAUCCGCAUUCCCCACGUGGACUUCUGGCACAUGGUGAACAAGGUGGAGCUGCCCAGCUACAACGAUCGCUACAACGACUACAACGAAUGGUGGGCUGUUGCCUGCGGCUGGGGAGGCACCUAUGACGGCAGCCCACUGCCCGACUACCUGCAGUGUGUCGAUCUCCAGAUCAUCCACAACUCCGAGUGCUCCGGAUACUAUGGAAGCGUGGGAGACAACAUCCUCUGUGUCAGGACUCCCGACGGCAAGUCCACCUGCGGUGGUGACUCCGGCGGCCCCCUGGUCACCCAUGACGGUACCAAGCUUGUGGGGGUCACCAACUUUGGUUCCGUCGCCGGCUGCCAGUCGGGUGCUCCCGCUGGAUUCCAGCGUGUCACCUACCACCUGGACUGGAUUCGCGACCAUACCGGCAUUGCUUACUACUAAUCGACUAUAUCUGAUUAAAAAAAAACUUCUUGAAGCGU